AUGUCUGAAAUGUUAAAAGUCUGCGCCCUCGAUCUAGAAAUCUGCGUUACGCAUUUAAUUCAUAUAAAUCAGAACAAGGUUGUCAGGUCAAUUGCUCCGGUAGCAGCGCAAAAGCAGCUUUGCAGACAAGCUAUCAAGCUAUUUGCCCACUAUGGUAUCUUAGCCUCUCCAGAAAGGGAUCGUGACUCCUUCGUGAUAGUUGCACACGCACUAUCUUUGAAGGCAGAUUUUCUCGACUGGCUUUGCAAAGAAAAUUUGGAGAUACAAAAUAUGUAUCGUGCUGAUACACAAACGAUCGAGAAGUGCCUUCAUUACACCGUGGCUGUAUGGUUUACAUCUCACUGCUUCUACUCUGUUGGUAAAGCUCUUGUUAAAGGCCCACUUUUUCUUGAAACUGAUAUGGAGACGGCUAAA